CCACCAGGAAAUACUCUAACACGAAUCACGUAGAAAGAAAAAAAAAAACAGUGAGGAAAGAGAAAUAAGUUGGCGUUUGUAAAGUUGGAACCAUGGCCCUGGGUGACUGUUGGAAGCAGUUAUCCUGGUUUUACUACCAAUAUCUUCUGGUGACGGCGCUGUACAUGCUGGAGCCAUGGGAGAGGACGGUGUUCAAUUCGCUGCUGAUCUCUGUGGCCGGCAUGGCCGUUUACACCGGCUACGUCUUCAUGCCGCAGCACAUCAUGGCUAUCCUGCACUACUUCGAGGUCGUCCAAUGACACGAUGACUCCGCCCAUGUCCGUCUGCCGUCUCCUGGGCUUGAGGUGGGGAUUGUUUCCAACCAUGUUGAGGCAGAACUUCUCUCCUCCUCCUCCUCUCUUCCAAAGCUAAUUCAAUAUCAAAGGUCAAAGCUCUGAACGUCGUGCUGAAGGUCAUGUUGGACGAUGGGACUGUUUCUCCUUCACUGAAAUAUUUGGGAUUGUGAACAACGUUGGGCUCGGAGGCAAGGCCUUAAAGGGUGUGCUUGGUUUCGUUUCAUGUGUUUGUUUAUAUCUUCUUAAAUCAAGCGCACCUUACUGUUUUGAAAAUGUGUAAAUUAUAUGGAUGUCUGGAUGUUUGAAGUGAUUUGGAUUAUUUUAUUUUUAUUCCAUUGAGACAUCAUACCUUGAGUUUUAUGCAGGGUCAGAAACACAGCGGCUGAUGGACAAGAUACUUUGUCAUUUUAUUCCAUUUUAUGAGCCAAAUAUGAUUAUUAGAUCAGAUCUCUGAAUGAGGCCUGGAUGUAGGUACAGUAGAGGCACCACACGACGAGAGAGGGGCGGGUGGUGCAAAGUUCAAAUAAACUGGCUGCGAUCUGGAAAGGGUGGAAAACUGUGUCGUGGUAACCAAUCGCCCCAAAUGUCAUUUGCAGCUUGUUAUUUUACUCCUGAAAUAACAAUCAUGCAACACUUGCACCAGUCUGCAUCAGGUGUCUGUGUUUUUAAUACGCUCACCGCAAGUUCCUGCUCAUUUUUAAAGCUAAACACUCGGCAGACAAAUGAUUCUGUUAUUCUGGAGACAGCAAAGGUGUGAGACAGUGUCCACCAACUUUGAACAAAAGUUGGAAUGGCUCUUUAUGACCUGUUAAUGAUAUAAUUUGUCUUCAGACUUCAAAGGAAAUAGAGCCUGAGAAAUGACCAUAAAAGGACACGUUUCUUUCAUGCGGUCAUAUUUGAACAUCCCACUCCAGCACCACUUGGAGAGUAUCUCAUGACUGCUUGUCCUGAAGGAUGGAAGUUGGACAUUGUGUCAGCAUUUCUCUUGUUACCUGUAUACUUGUGGCUGCAGCUGCCUGUACACAUGCAUCACUCUGGUACACCUCAUUACAGAGAGUGGAGUCUUACCUUGGAAAGCAGCAUCAGUGUGAUGAGAAAUGAUGGUAAAAUGACACAGUUGUCCUCUUUUAAAUUCCCACUUUUAUUUUAAACUGCACAGCAGGCAAUGUUAAUGGUUUCCUCUUUGCACAGAAAUUAUAAAUGUUUAAGAAGUUCAAUUUUUAUGUAAUCAUAUUUUAUGAUAUGUACCGUUAUCCCUUUAGAAAAUCGUGAUUAUUUUCCCCUGCAAAACUGUAUUUUUCUCAUUUUUUGUGUAUAUAAUCUUGUAUACAUGUGUAAAGUUUUGUAGUCGAUGUGACGGCGUAUAGAAUCGAAUAUGUGUGGUUUUUGUGAGCUACUGAUGUUAAAUACUGUUCUAUAACUGAAAUCAUUAAAGGGAAAUUUCACUCCGCUAAAGCAGUUUGCUUUACCUUGUUUUGCUCUUCCCAGUCAGCUGCGAGUGAUGUGUCCGUCCUGUUAACGUUUGUCAUGAAGAAACUGAGCUAUUAUUUCUGCAGGUCGAUACACAGCAGCCUGUGCAGCGGUUUCGUGGUGUGGUGCUGUAUUUGUACGUCACUUUGAACACAGGAACGUUGUAUUAUGGAAAACAUCUGCAAUAAUCCCCAAAAUGAGGAAAUCCUACUUACCUUGUACUAUUUUUAAGGUAUUCUUAUAAAAUGUCCUGAUUAAGGAUUACGGCAAACAUUCAGUUGUAGAAGUCAAAACUGCUGUAGUUUCAUUGUGGGCUGUUCUUUUGGUUUCAAAAGUCUUAAAGAUAAAUUUCCAAUAGAUUAGCAAUUUUCCGUUGUUUUUUUUUUAAAAGAUAUUCAUUUUCAUGUCCAUUCUACCUGACAGUGAAAAGUCUCUAAAAGUCUUGAAUGUAGGCUUAAAAUGUGUUAUACAGCAUAUAUUUAUGGUUUUGUUUUCCCUGUAAUUGCAAUUAUUAGAUGCUAGAUGGAAGUGUUUCCAUGUUUUUGAGCCAAAUUGCUCUGAUCUGUACACAGAAACACUCAGCAGUAAAAGAGAAGCUGUGUCACUGCUGUCUGAAUGUCUUAUUAAAGUAACUUAAACAGCCAA